AUGGCGGAAGACGGAUGGUCGAAGGUUUGCCGGCGGAGACAAACGAACACUGGCAAGAGAUGGGAUCAUAGGGGGGUAACCACUAUGUUUGUAUCAGACAUCCCCGAUGGAGUCAGCAAGGAAAAAAUAAGGAGACUCUUUGAAAAGUUUGGGGAGAUUACAGAUAUCUAUAUGGCGACAAAAAAGGACGUCAAGAGAAAAAACUUUGCAUUCGUAAGGUUUAAAAAAGGCAAGGGAGAACAGGAGAUGGAAUUGUUGAUGCAGGGGAUAAAAUGUAAUGAGUCGGUGCUCACGGUCAACAUUGCAAGGUAUGAAAGGAAAAGGAUCCCUGUGCAUAAUGUAGCAGAUACGAACAAAAUUCGGUAUGCGCAGCAACCUUUGGGUCACUCACUCAGGGAUGGCAGGUCUUUCAUGGAAGUAGCGGCAUGA